CGGCGGGCUCGGCCGGAGGGACUCCAUUCAGGCGGCCGCGGAGGGCAGAGAUGGCCGGGGAGAACCAGCACCAGACCCUCCGGAAGAGCAUCGCGGCUCACCAGCCGGCGGCUCCGGCCCAGGCGCCCCCCCAAGCGUCCCCGCAGCAGCCCCUGGCCCCCUCCGGCGCUUCCCGGGGCAGCAUCACCGAGCGGGUGGCUCUCAAGAAGGAGAUCGGGCUGAUCAGCGCCUGUGCCAUCAUCAUCGGUAAUAUAAUUGGCUCCGGCAUCUUCAUUUCACCCAAAGGAGUAUUAGAACACACGGGCUCUGUGGGGCUGGCUCUCGUCAUCUGGGUGCUCGGAGGAGGAAUUGCAGCUCUUGGGUCACUGUGCUAUGCCGAGUUAGGAGUUACUAUCCCUAAAUCAGGAGGGGAUUAUUCUUACGUCACUGAGAUUUUUGGUGGCUUAGCUGGGUUUUUAUUACUAUGGAGUGCAGUUCUCAUCAUGUACCCCACUAGUCUGGCUGUUAUCGCACUGACAUUUUCAAACUACGUUCUGCAGCCAGUGUUCCCUAAUUGUAUCCCACCCUACAAUGCCUCCAGAGUCCUUUCCAUGGUCUGCUUGUUGCUCUUGACUUGGGUGAACAGCUCCAGUGUCCGAUGGGCGACGCGCAUCCAGGAUUUUUUUACCGCAGGAAAGCUCUUGGCCUUGGGCCUUAUCAUCACCAUGGGUUUCAUACAGAUCUUUAAAGGAAAUUAUGAAGAACUGCUUCCCAGCAAUGCCUUCAAUUUCUGGAUGACCCCAUCGGUGGGGAACCUGGCAUUAGCCUUUCUUCAAGGGUCCUUUGCAUUCAGUGGGUGGAACUUCCUAAAUUACGUAACGGAAGAAUUAGUCGAUCCUCGCAGGAAUCUACCUCGUGCCAUAUUCAUAUCCAUCCCAUUGGUGACAUUUGUGUACACGUUCACCAACAUUGCCUAUUUCACGGCCAUGUCACCUCAAGAGCUCUUGUCUUCCAAUGCUGUUGCGGUAACAUUUGGUGAAAAGUUACUGGGCUAUUUUUCCUGGGUUAUGCCAGUCUCUGUGGCUCUGUCUACAUUUGGAGGAAUAAAUGGAUACCUUUUUACCUCAUCAAGGUUAUGCUUUUCUGGUGCACGAGAAGGCCAUUUACCCAGCCUGUUGGCGAUGAUUCAUGUCAAACAUUGCACGCCAAUUCCAGCCCUCCUUGUCUGUUGUUUGGCCACUGUCAUCAUCAUGCUCGUUGGGGAGACGUACACAUUAAUUAAUUACGUGUCAUUUAUUAACUACCUCUGUUACGGCGUGACAAUAAUAGGCUUGAUUGUGCUACGCUGGAAGAAACCCAAAGUCUUCAGACCGAUCAAGGUAAAUCUCGUGGUUCCAAUCACUUACCUGAUAUUUUGGGCCUUUCUCUUGAUCUUCAGUUUUUAUUCUGAGCCAGUUGUCUGUGGAAUCGGACUGAUUAUCAUAUUAACUGGAGUACCAGUGUUUUUUAUUGGCGUGUACUGGAAAAACAAACCAAAGUGUGUAAAUAGGAUAACAGAAUCUUUGACCCACUGGGGCCAGAAGGUGUGUUUUGUGGUCUAUCCUCAGGAGGGGCCUCCAGAAGAGGACGAUAUACCUUUCACUCAUUCUCCCCUCUCUGGCAGUAAAAAGAGCUUGAAGAAAUGAUGAUGUAUUUCACAUAAGAGAAGUAGAUUUAUGUUUCUUUUUUGUUUACAUUAAUUUUUUUUUGAAAAAGAGGAAGAAAAAUCUUGAAAAUGUGUUUUUUAGCAAUCCAAUAGUAAAACUCAAGCAAUGAAAUACACCAUUUCAGCACCUCUAGUGGACCGCUAAUAGCCCUUAGCUCUUUUUCCUAAAAAGAAAAAAACAGAAAAAAACAGUAAAAUGAAAUAAAAUGAGAUGGUCACUUCUUUCUGAAUUUGUGCAGACUGGGUAUGGAAAUUUAUGUGAGCAGUUACUUCACCCAGUAGUUUUAAAGCUAUGCUGUAAAGACUGUGAAGCGUGGAAGCUUCAAAGCAAGGCUGUCUUGCAACGUUAAAAAAUAAUGCAACAUGCUUUAAAGGAACAGGUAGUGUACAGUUCUGAGACCCAUGUAAUGUAGCUAGGAUAAAUACACCAAGUGCCUUAUAUCAGGGGUGUCCAACUCUGGCACUUCAGAUGUUCAUGAACUACAGUUCCCAUCGGCCCCUGCUGGCAUGGCCAGUUGGCUCUGCCAGCAGGGGCUGAUGGGAAUUGUAGUCCACGAACAUCUGAAGCACCAGAUUUGGACACCCCGUCUGCUGUGCCCAGGUCAGUAUAUUAUCUACUGUGACUUGGGUGGACUUUUCAGAGUCUUCAGCUGCAGAAUGGCCUUUUCUAGCAUUAGCUGCCUGAGAUCAUUUAAACUGGAGAUGCCAGGGCUUAAAGCUGGUACUUUCUGCAUAUGAAGCAAUACCACACUGCAUUAUGUUCCAAACACACAAGUGCAUUAAGAGCCUUACUUUAAAUCAUGUCCAACACAAACUUACGCUGUGGCUGCAGUGCAGCAAAUCUAAUGCACCAGAACAUCUCUUAAGUUUACGUUAGGUGUAAAUGUAUAUAUACAUGAGGCCUUUGUUUCUAUAGGGGCAAAAAGGAUGCCCCUGUUCUCCUGAGUGUUGGCUUGUGCCCAGAGUUAAGCGAGGAAGGCCUGCCAGAGUAAAGCUGUGUAACUGAGUCGUGUGCCAAUGUUGUGUCAUUAAACUGAAUGCCAAAAUGUAUUUUUACUUUUGAACAGAGGGAGGGGUGGCAGGGCUAGGUAGGCACUUGGUAGGCAAUAGGACCUAGGUUCAGCAUGUGGCGGGUGAAUAUACAAUUCUACUAUCAUUUUUCUGUGAAUCACAGUGUAGGCAGACUUUGUUUACAUGGUGGUUUGCCAUUGCCUUCCCCAGUUGUCUACUCCCAGCAGACUGAGUACUCAUUUUACUGACCUCGAAGCACAGGUGUCAAACUCA